AUGCCAGCGCUUGAAGUACUGCCUCGCGCCAUCGACUCCCGUCCAGCUCUGGGACAUGUGAACCUGAUGGUCGACACUUUCAUCGCUAAUGCGACGAUUGACGAUUUGAGAUCCAUUACACGGGACUUGAUCGCAACAGGACCGCCUGGUAUUGCCCCAGCUUUUACAAAAGCCGCUCGUUCUCGAUUGCGGCAGAUCAAUGUCAAAUCCUUUGCAAAUCCACAUGCACUCUUUCGUCGACAAACACACGCAUCACCAGCCACACCAACUCAGCACCUAUGCGAUACAUUGAACAGGAUCCGCUCCCUGUACGGAGCAGGAAUGGGAUUUUCAAGCCUUGUACUUUUGUCUUCGGUAGUGCGAGCCACGCUGGGCCUUCGGUGGGAAGACGAUGGGGAUAUGGCGGAUAUGUUGGCGGUCAUUGAUAUUGACAUUGGGCAGGCAAUUCAGAGUUCGAAAGAAGAGAUAGAAGGAGGUCGGGUCAAAGAUUUCGCGUUUGCACGUGAAGCAGUUCAGAACUUGCGGUGUGCGGUUAAUGAUAGCUUGGCCGAUGUUAAUGCUUGGGGAGGGGAAUUCCCAUUCGAGCGGGCAGCAGCGAGUAUACAUUAUUGGAAGAUAUGA